GCCAAGACCGGUCAUCAAAUGCACACUCAGCUCAAUUGGUGAGAAAUCUGUGGUUGGGGCCAGCUAUCUCCAGAUAUUGUCUGUCUAACUGAUGAGUGGUUCAGAUCCUGUGGAGGGUAGAGCUGACAAUAGGAGGCUGACAUGUGCGGAAGCACUAAGGGUACCGCACGUGUUCCAGGCCCUACAACCGGGAGAAGAAAGACGGCCUAUAGCCGAACGUAGAGCCCGUGCACUAGCAGCAGCUAGGGCCACACUAAACGCUGCAGCUAGGGAACAGGCUGCCGCAGCAGCUAGGGCAGCAGCCAUGACUAGCUCAGCAGCAUCCUCUGCGACUUUGUCAGGGACUUUGUUGGGAAUGCCAACAAGUUCCACGAGCACUUCCAGUUCAAUGGGUUCUCGACAGUCUACUAGUCAGAUGGCGGGCUCGCAGUUCAGCCCGCUGACCCCACGUGAGAGGGAACUCAGGGAGCUCCAACAGGUCGAAAGGAUUUGUGCACAGUUAGAAAAGGAUCUGAAAGAAGCUACCGACAGAGAAAGAGAGAUAAAGAAUAGAGCGGCCAGGCUUGAUACGUUAGUGGCUGACAAGGCUGAGUUAGAGGGCUCGGACGACUCUGGAAUGAAUAAGCCCAUGAAAGUGUUGAAGAAGAAUAUGCUGUCGCUGCAUGCGCACGUGGACAGCAGAUUAGACUUCGUGCAGAGCACUCUAGACCAGAUCCUGGAUGUAUUGACAAGGCCAGGAUUCAGGCCACCAGCACAAUCGCCGUUGCCGUUGUCGGCGAUGUCAGGCCCCUUUUCCGCACAAGCUGGAACACAGCCAAGUGGUACGUCUGCAGCAGUUGCACAAACUGUUGCAUCUUCUUCUUCGGGUCCAGCGGUGGGAGCUACAUCACCGCAACAACCUGUUUCUCAACAGGGACACCCGCAGGGUCAAUGGUAUCCUAAGACCCCAAUGAAACCGCCUCUUGCCUUCUCAGGCGAGAGGAAGGACGAAGAACUCAACACACGGUUGAGGACAGUUCCGGUUUGGGUAAAGGCCAAGAGGACCUUGCUAGAGGACGAACUGGUUACCGGUGCAUCUUACCUAGAGGGUAAGGCAGCCAAGUGGCUAGAUGGGGUAGUUGUAAAGGCCGGGUAUGGGCGACGCAUGGCAAAUUGGGCUAAGUCUCUGACGUUAAACCAGUUCAUGGAAAUGGUAGAAGCUCGAUGGCAUAAUCCACAGGAGGCACAAAGAGCCACUGAUGCGAUUAACAAGCUGGACCAACGAAAGUUCAAGUCGGUCAGAGAGCUUACGACUACCGUCGAGAGCCUAAUCCUCGUCCCAGGCAUCAACUACAGUGACCAGUUCCUGUUAACUACGUUUGUUAGAUGUUUACCAGAGAACAUCAAGAACUUACUGGCCAGCGAGGCACGCACUGAGUACCACUCGCUUGAGACACUGUCUAGGAAAGCCUUAGAUUUGGAGGCCACGCUAGGCAAUGCUCAACCUACCUCUCAGAUUGACACGAAGAAGAAGAAGAGUCCUCAGGAGUGGAAGAAGAAGGGGGCUAAGUUGAUGAUGGUUGAGUCCGAUGAGACUCAAACGGAGAUCGACGAGCUCACUGACCUGAUGGACUAUACAGAGUUUGACGACGAGGAGGUAGCUGAGGGUAGCACCCUCGCCGCGGUAGUCAAGACUAAAGCAGGUGGCCGAGGGAAGGGCCAACCUAGGAGUCAGGGAAAGGCCGCCUCCAAUCAGACCAAGCAGGCUGAAUGGGUGAAGGCAGGUCUUGACCAAGACGUGUGGCGUGACCGCCGAGUGCAUGACGCUGCAGCAGCAGUGAAGAAGAAGGCGGAAGAUGCAGAGCAGGCACGUCAGCGCCAGCAUGACGAGGCAGCAGCAAGGGCUGCCGAUGAAGAAAGAAUACAGCGUCGUGAGAAGAUAUUCACUGGAGAGCGGGCGUUACUUACCAUGGCAGCGGCAUGGCGGACCGAGGCCGAGGAUGGCAAGUUGGAGGACAGCGCCAACAAGAUAGCGCUCCUCCUCUCGCAUCUCAUGGAUCUCCUAGCCACCAGCAUUACACAGCAGGAGGAGAUCCUUGGCCUCGACACCUCGCUAGCUCAUCUCCAAGACCGCCUUCAGCGGUUGGAACAGCGACCAGUCGCCGCCGCAGACGCAGGCUCUUCCAACACGACCGACCGCCUCAAUGCAUUGGAGAUGGACGUCGGCGCACUCAAGGAUGGCGUACAAUCGCAGCAGACCGCGACACAGCAAUUGCAACAGCGGAUCUGCACUACCGCCACCACUUCGAGUACAGAACCGCCCGAGACCACUCCAAAGUUCGACGGGCAGGAGAUCUUCUGCGACUCAACGAAGACAGAUCCUAUUCCAUGGUUUCGCAAGUUCGAGCUCACGCUGCAGUUGUCCAACGUCAAGGAACACAAGCACCACGCCUACUUGUACUCUCGCUCAGGGGGCGCGUGCCAGGCCUGGUUGGACAACCUCUUGUCCAAGUACGGAGUGGUAGCUGCGGACUUGCACACCGUGAUCAGUUGGGAUGAUCUGAAGGCGGCGUGGCACAAGYGGUUCCAGGUGGAGCCGCCAGAGAUCAAAGCCAUGGACAAGCUCAUGGUCUUUGAGCAAGGCACGCUGCCGAGUACGGACUGGAUCGCCGAGUACCAACGCUUGACGUCAGUCCCAGACAUCCAGAUGGGCUUCAAGGCAAUCCGCCAUUACUUCAUCUCAAGGUCAUGUCCGGCAUUGAGCAAUGCCCUGACGCAUGUCGAAGACACCUUGACGACGACGGCGGAGUUGUUCGACAAGGCUGCGCAGAUCAUUAUCACAAACAAGGAGGCCAAGAACCUUCGUUCAUCUGCGUCAGGCCCGAGCAGGGACCAGCAUCGGCCAAGAGUGGCCGUGGUCGCAACGACAACGCCAUUAGACCAAACCAGCGAGGCUGUGUCUGCCAGUGAAGGAGUUCGGAGGAAGGCAAACCCGACGGCGAUCAAGUUGGCGGACGAUAAGACGCAGCAAAUUCUCGACCGUUACAUCGAGGCCGUACCGGUCUACUUCGCACCUCAUGCAUGCGAACCGGUCACGUUCGAUAUUCUCRACACGGACUUCGACAUCAUUCUGGGAAUGCCUUGGCUUGCAAGUGCGGAUCACACGGUCAACUUCCAUCGGCGGACUCUUAGCGUUCGCGACGCCUUCGGCGCGGAAGUGGCGUACGAUAUUCUCGUCUAUAGUCGGUCAUUGGAGGAUCAUCUGGGGCAUCUUCGACAAGUGUUGGAGACGCUCCGCCACGCCAAGUACAAGGCCAACCGUGACAAGUGUGAAUUUGUUCGGCAAGAGCUGGAAUACUUGGGCCAUUUUGUCACACCGGAGGGCAUCAGUCCGCUAUCGGACAAGAUUCAGGCCGUCCAAGAGUGGCCGGAGCCUKGGAACGUCACGGAUGUCCGCUCGUUCCUCGGUCUUACCGGCUACUAUCAACACUUCAUCAAAGGCUACUCCAAGAUCGCGGCCCACUUCAACAAGCUUCAGUGCGAGGAUCGGUCGUUUGACUUCGGAGAGGAGGCGCGAGGAUCAUUCUUCGCUCUCAAAGCCGCGCUAUUGUUUGCAGAGGUCUUGCGGAUAUACGACCCGCUUGCGCCUACGCGCGUCACUACGGAUGCGUCAGGCUAUGGCAUUGGUGCAGUCCUCAAGCAACAUGAUGGUGUGGAUUGGCACCCGGUCGAGUACUUCAGCAAGAAAGUGCCCCUCGUGCAUUCCAUUGACGAUGCACGCAAGAAGGAGCUCCUCGCCUUCGUCCACGCGCUCAAGMGGUGGCGGCACUUCCUCCUUGGUCGAAGCCAAUUUCGAUGGGUAACAGACAACAAUCCGUUGGUCUUCUACAAGACCCAAGACACCGUCAACAGCACCAUCGCUCGAUGGAUGGCUUUCAUCGACCACUUCGACUUCUUUCCCGAUCACAUUCCCGGGAAGUCRAACCGUUUUGCGGAUGCUCUCUCACGGCGUCCGGUCAUUGUGCCGCAGUCUACUCGACCUUCGAGAUUGACGACGACUUGCGGAACAGCUUCAUCCGCGGCUACCAAGUCGACCUCGAGUUUCGCGACAAGUACGCGAAUUGCUCCUCUCCUAAUCCGGCGCCUUCUCACUACCGGAUCCAAGAGGGGUACUUGCUUGUCCACACGCGGGGGAAGGACCUUCUUUGCGUACCGAGUGAUCCUCACUUGCGUACACGGCUUCUUGGCGAGUUCCACGAUGCUCCCGCCACCGGACACUUCGGGGUCAAUCGCACGAUUGGCCGACUUCGCCAGCGAUUUUGGUGGCCUGGCCUUCUCAGCGACGUCACGCGCUAUUGCGCGUCUUGCGAGGUUUGUCGACGCUGCAAAUCCCGCAACCAUCGUCCGUAGGGCGAGUUACGACCAUUGCCAGUCCCGUUGAGGCGAAGGGAAGCGAUUGCCAUGGACAUUACCGGCCCGUUCCCCAAGCACAAGACCGGAGU